CCCUCCAAGCUCACCUGUGCUGCCGCCUCCUGGACGGCCGCGCAUCGCCGUGUGCAGAACGAGCGUCUGGCUGGCUGGCUGGCUGGCUGGCUGCUCCCUCUCAUAAGUGCGCGGCCACUCGACGAGGAGCUUUCAAAGCGGCACAAGCGCGCACAAGGAGCGGGGGACAGAUGGCGAGCACCGCGCCGCUGCUGCUGCUGCUCUUCCGCCUGCUAGUCGCGGGGCUGACGCCGACCACCGCUGCUGGCGCUGCCGACGAGGGCACCGCCGGGGAGGGACACGCGGCUGGGACUCCGUGCGAGCUCAAGAGCGUCACCGUGUCCACGCUUCCCGUCCUACGGGAAAAUGAGUUCAGCUUCACCGGCGUGGGAGUCUCCGGGAGCUCGGUUGGAGGAGGCGGAGGAGAAGGAGUCGGAGGAGGCGCCUCCGCCGGAGCAGGUGGCACCGCUGGAGGAGCACCGGGAGGAGGAGGUGGGGAAUCGCGACUUCUGUUAUUCGUCAGGACGGAUCUACCUGGACGGAUUUCCGUCAUGGAUGAUCUCGACAACACGGCUCUGCCUUACUUCGCACUCGAGAUGUCGGGCACAGAGGAAGACAUUUCCCAGGUGCACUGGAAGCAGCAGUGGCUGGAGAAUGGUACACUUUACUUCCACGUGUCCAUGAGCGAAUCAGAGGCGGUUUCCCAGACCACGCAGGCCUCGGCGCGGGAGCCUGUGCACGUCAUGCACGAACACAUCCAUCUGCUGCACAUCUCGGUUAUGGGAGGCCUCAUUGCCCUUCUCCUGCUCAUACUCCUCUUUACUCUGGUGCUUUACACCCGCCACCGAUGGUGCAAGCGCCGCAGGAUUCCCCAGAAAAGCGCCAGUACAGAGGCCACCCACGAGAUCCACUACAUCCCCUCGGUACUCCUCGGACCUCAGGGCCGGGACAGCUAUCGGGGCUCGCGGAGCGCCCACCAGCACGGCAGUUCCGUCAUUGGCGUGCCCAUCCGAGAGACGCCAAUCCUUGACGAUUACGACUGCGACGAUGAUGACCCGGUGGGACGUUCACUGAACUCCACACCAAACCAGCUGCACAACCAAGUCAGCGACGGAAUAAUCCAGGAAGACUAUGGAGUCGGCGUUGGCUACGGAGGACACACUGACAUCAAGGAGGAUGAUCUUACACCUUCUUUUGACAAACGAGCCAUUGACCCGAACAGGGAGGCGGUGGAGGAUUUGAUGCAGCGGUUCCAGGACAGCUUCCGUGUUCCCAAAACUCCACCAGACAUUUCUCGCUACCAGCAUGUCAUCCACAGCUCAUCUACUGGCCGCCGGAGGGUCCCCAGCCACAACAGAGAAACCGCAGGCAUGUUUGGUCCUCAAGGAGAAUCAGGGUCAGAGCCCGAGGACGACAACCAGAUGAAGUUUUACACUGAGCAGCACAGAGGACGACGACGCAGCAAAGGCCACCCACACAGUCCUCUAAACAAGGUCACCCUAACGCUGAUUACCAUCAGCACCUGUGUCGUCGCCAUUGUAUACGCCACACAGGAUUCCUGCCCACUCACUGUCAAGGUCACACUCCACGUGCCCGAGCACUUUGUCGCAGAUGGAAGUAGUUUCGUCGUGGGUACGGGCAGUUUCCUGGAUGUGUCCAACUGGCUCAACCCAGCCAAACUCAUUUUGUACUAUCAGACCAAUUCGUCGACACAGUGGGUCAGAGACUACUGUGGACAGAGAACCACCGAUCCCUGUGAGCACAUUUGUUACCCGGACACAGGAGAAUGCAGCUGUCACGACGGCUAUUCCCCGGAUCUUGUCCAUAAACACCUUUGUGUUCGCAGCGACUGGGGUCAGAAUGAAGGACCUUGGCCAUACGCUAACCUGGAGAAAGGCUACGACCUGGUUACGGGUGAACAAGCCCCAGAGAAGAUCUUCAGUCUGGGCCAAGGCUUGUGGCUGCCCGUCAGCAAGAGCUUCGUGGUACCACCGGUGGAGCUGUCCAUCAAUCCCAUUGCCAGCUGUAAGACGGACGUGCUGGUGACCGAAGAUCCGGGAGAGGUCCGGGACGAAGCCAUGAUGUCCACAUAUUUUGAGACUGUAGAAGACUUGCUGGCAUCUUUCGGGCCCGUACGUGACUGCUCCAAAGACAACGGUGGCUGCAAGAAGAAUUUCAAGUGUGUAUCAGAUCGACAGUUGGACUCAUCUGGCUGCAUGUGUCCUAAUGGGCUGAGGCCAAUGAAGGAUGGCUCCGGUUGCUAUGACUACUCCCGGGGCAUCGACUGCACGGACGGCUUUAACGGAGGCUGCGAGCAGCUUUGUCACCAGCAGCUCAUGCCCAUGGAAGACGAGCCCGGAUCCAGCAACGUGCUGAUGUAUUGCGGGUGUGUGCAGGAGUACAAACUUGGGACAGACGGGCGCUCAUGCCUGCUACAGUCCGACAACUGCGAUGGUCCGAAAUGCCCGCGGCAGGCCAUCCACUUCAACGCCACCUUGUUCGGCGAGAUGCUGCACGGAUAUGACAACAAAAGCCAACAGGUCAACCUGGGGCAGAUCUUCCAGAUGACCUUCCGAGAUAACAACUUCGUUAAAGACUUCCCCCAGCUAGCCGACGGCCUCAUGGUUCUCCCCCUGCCAGUUGAGGAACAAUGCAGAGGCGUGUUGUCGGAACCGCUGCCAAACUUGGAUCUCCUCACAGGCGAUGCCAAAUUCAACGAGGCAGCAGGCUACCCUGUGAUUCAAGAGUGGCGAGUGCGCAGCAAUCUGUACAAAGUCAAGCUCAGUUCCAUCACUCUGGGUUCAGGUUUCGCAAAGGUUUUAAAGACGCUGUCGGGCGAGAGUACUCGUGAGGAGCUGCUGGCAUUCCUCCAGCAAUACGGGAGCCAUUACGUGUCGGAGGCACUGUACGGCUCCGAGCUUAGCUGCAGCAUCUACUUCCCCAGCAAGAAAGCCCAGCAGCAGCUCUGGCUUCAGUACCAGAAAGAGGCUACGGAGCAAGGGAUUGGUGUCAGCGGUGGGCGUCACGACCUGAAAUCGGUACCCUUCAUCAGCUACCUGACGGGGUUGCAGAAGAGCCAGCUGCUGUCCGAGGACACAGUCAAAGGCAUAGAGAUCCGCUGCGAAGAGAAGGGCAGCUGCCCACUGAGUUGUCACCUGUGCCACCACCAGGCCGGGGCGGCAGGGAGUGUGGCUUUAAGGGGCCGUGGCAGGGGCGGCGAGCAGCCGUCACCCAUCCCUGUGCUGUUGGAAGUCAGUCGAGUCGUGCCCCUCUACAGUCUGCUUCAGGACAAUGUCACCAAAGAGGCCUUCAAGAGCGCCACAAUGAGAUCAUACUGGUGUGCCGGAAAGGGCGACGUCAUCGAUAACUGGUGUCGCUGUGACCUGAGUGCCUUCAGCAGAGAUGGCCUGCCUAACUGCAGUCCCCUUAGGCAGCCGGUCUUGCACCUAGCCCCUUACCUGGAGCCAUCAAGCACAAUGGUAGCCCUGGAGUGGUUGGACGUGGAGCCUCUGAUUGGCUGCAGGGUUGCGGACUACAUCAUCCAGCAUAAACGGGUGGAAGACCCAUCAGAGGCCGAGGUUUACACAGGUGAAGUGUUGAGCUUGUUGGAUGAUCUCUUCUCGGGUUUGGGUUCGUCCUGCAUUGUGCCCGGUAAAAGGAGUGGCGAACAUCCCCACACGCUGCUUUAUUCUGUCGUCUUCAAGUGCCUGGAGCCUGACAGUCUCUACAAGUUCACCCUCUAUGCAGUGGACAGCCGGGGGAGUCACUCCGACUCCAGUUACGUCUCGGUACGGACGUCCUGCGCGAUGGUCGACGAUAGCCAAGCUGAAGAGAUCGCAGACAGGGUGUACAACUUGUACAACGGUUACACCAGUGGCAAGGAACAGCAGCUGGCAUACAACACCUUGAUGGAAAUCCCUCCUCCGCUGCUCUACCGGGUCCAGCACCACUACAAUUCCCUCUAUGAGAAGUUUGGCGACUUUGUGUGGCGCAGUGAAGACGAGCUGGGCCCCAGGAAGGCCAACCUAAUCCUCCGAAGGGUGGACAAGAUCAGCCACUACUGCCGCUCCCUCCUGCGCAGCACGCACAUCCAGAUCCGCACUGACACCAUGGCGUACGUCUACUGCCGUAGCGACGAUGGCCGGACGCCGGGCGGCAGCACGUGGAGCGGCUCGUUGCACGAAGGCCGCACCGCUUGCAUCGAGAAGCUUAUUUCCGUCCAGCGCAAUACGUACAGCAACACCAAACUCCGGUGAGACACGAGAACAGGGGACAUGCUCACCUUUUGUGACGUCACUGACUGAUGCCUCAGCUGAUGACGCCCAUGAACGGGAAGAAAUCCGCCGGACGAAAAAAAUCAAUCAGUUGUUACGCGGCUUACUUUUAGCGUAAGACUUGAAAACAUCACGUUGGGCAUCAAAACAGAAGAAUACGCGACGUGAACAUGUAGAUAAGUGAUGGAUGAUGGAAGAUAAUCCUCAGCCAAUCAGCCAUUUGUUGGUUUAAAUACAUUGAAUGUAACAUUGUAGUUGCUUUUGUUCAUGCUUUUAUGUGAAGCACUUAAAAGAGAUUUAAAAAAAAAACAUACACCGAAAGAUAAAUUUGCCUUUAAAAAUUACUUAAAAUGAAGAAAUGUUAAAGCCAUUUCCAGUGUUGAUUGUUUUUAGGUUUUCCAAAUUUAGACAGAAAUGUGUUUUUUACUUUGUAUUUUUCUUAUGUUUUGUUUUUCUACCAAAGUAGUCAUGCUUUGUUUUCUUUGCAAAACACAGCUAUAAACAUUGCCACUCGUUUUGAAGUCACGUUGUAUCUUUCAAAAAGAGGAGAGCCCUUUGGAACAUCUUUGCUAACCAAAUUAGCAGCACAGACUUAAAGACUCUGAUGGACUGUGCCUCAUGAUUGCUCAAUGUUUUCUUUAAAAUAGAAAACGGAACAUACAGAAUAUGUGUAAUACGGAAAUGGGGAUGUCUGAACAUUGGUAAUCGACUUAAAACAAUUAUUUUGUUACAAGGCUUUUCGGUUAACGCUUUGUAUGUUUUUGUGGUUUAGGGUAUGAUGAAACUUGAGAAAAAUAUGUAAAUAAAAGCCAUUUGGGAUGAUUAGAAUCAAUUUAAUCAUUGACAAAUUCUGUCCGAAUGCAGAUGACUACUGUAUGUUGGUGUUUACCACAGAGUCUGUUCUACUGAGAAUUCAGUAGGAUUUUGUAUGAAAAUAGUACAUUGUAAUUUUGAAGGUUUUUUUUCCAACUGUUUUUUUCUAUUAAUGAUGAUCUAUUAUGAAAAUAAUUUGCCCCAUUCCCAAGAGCUCUAACUGCUUUGAAUGUAACCUUUUCUUGCACUGUUUGCCCAUGUUUUUUUUGUAUCUCGUAGCAGUAAACUAGCCUGGUUAUGAACAUAAACGUAUCAAAUUUUCGUACAAAUUCCUACAAAUCUUCAUGAGAGCAAAAAACAAGAUUCAAUUGCCCAAAGCAAAAUUAGACAUGAGAAAUUGAGAACUGAUCAUCUUCCGCUCGAGAUUUUUUUUUCCUUGAAAAUGCCUUCAUUUCCAUUUACAGUAUUUUCAUCUCAUGUUACAUAA